CUAAGCAUAACCUUUAGGUAAUAACCAUAACUACCAAAACUCAAGGACAUAUCAUAACCUUACACAACACAAGAGGUAGAAGAAAUUUUUGCAGAAAAUUGUUUUUAAAAAUAUAUAUAUUCUCUUUCAUCUGGUAUUCUGAAAAAGAAAAAAAAUAAUGUUUAUUUUAGCAUAAAAAAAUUAUAUAAAUAAUGGGUAGAGGAAAGGUAGAAUUAAAGAGGAUUGAGAAUAAAAUAAAUCGUCAAGUAACAUUUGCAAAGAGAAGAAAUGGGUUGCUGAAGAAGGCUUAUGAACUUUCUGUUCUUUGUGAUGCUGAGGUUGCUCUCAUCAUUUUCUCUAACCGUGGAAAGCUCUAUGAGUUCUGCAGUGGCACUAGCAUGGCCAAGACUCUUGAACGGUACCAAAGAUGUAGCUAUGGAGCCUUGGAAAUUCACCACCAACCUGAAAUUGAGACACAGAAGCGCUUUCAAGAGUAUCUCAAGCUAAAAUCAAAAGUCGAGGGACUACAGCAAACACAGAGAAACUUUCUUGGAGAAGAACUGGAGCAGUUAGAUAUUAAGGAGCUUGAGCAGCUAGAACGUCAAUUAGACUCUUCCUUAAAGACAAUCAGGUCCAACAAGACACAGCAUAUGCUUGAUCAACUCACAGAUUUGCAAAGAAAGGAAGAGAUGCUACUGGAAACUAAUAAUGUGCUCAGGAACAAGUUGGAGGAAAUUAAUGUGACCCUUCAACCAGCAUGGGAAUCUAGGGAGCAAAAUGGCCCCUAUAGCUGCCCCCCUCAACAAUCACAGGGAUACUAUGAGAAAGCACGUUGCAAUAGUACAUUGCAAAUUGGCUAUGAUUCCUCAAUGUUAAAUGAAUCAGGAGGAGCUGCAGGAACCUCAUCUCAGAAUGCCAAUGAUUUCAUGCAUGGAUGGAUGAACUGAGUUUAUGAAUUUUAGUUUAAUAAAUGAUUUUAUAAGAAAUUAAAGCUUAUGUUGUGCCUAAAAUAAAAGGCUAUAAUAUAUAGUAGAUGUAAUGCAGCAUAUAUAUAAAAUCUUAAUAAGGUGUGAUUCUUGGAGUAAUUUGGAAAAUUUUACCCAAACUCCAUCCAUAUUCUUAUUAUCAUGAUUAGUCAUGUUAAAAUCUGGUUCCUUUGUACUUAUUUACACAUUUGAGUUUACCAAUAAGGGAGGAUUAAACAAGGUAUUCUUAUAUUGAUUGGUGUU